GUGUGCAGAAGAGAGAAGUGCAAGCCAGUGAAAUACUGGCUUUGAGCAACCAGAGGAAACUGGUCUUUUCUUAGAUCAUUUAGGCAACUUUUUGACUGGCAGUGCUUGAAAUACCUCUCAGCAGAUUUCCUCAUCCUAAGAGGGCAUUUUUGGAGUUCUGCUCAUGCUGUGGGGAUCACCAUGUAUUCUUACACAGUGACAAUAGCCACAGGGAGCCAGUGGUUUGCAGGAACAGAUGACUACAUCUACAUCACUCUGGUGGGUGCAGAGCAGUGCAGCGAGAGGACUCUGCUGGACAAACCUCUGUACAAUGACUUUGAGAGGGGGGCGGUGGACUCCUAUGACGUGAUAGCUGGAGAGGACCUUGGUGAGAUUGUCUUGGUAAAGAUUGAGAAGAAUAAAUACUGGGUCCAGGACGACUGGUACUGUAAGUACAUCACCGUCAAAACCCCAGCUGGAGACUAUGUGGAGUUCCCCUGCUUCCGCUGGCUCGUGGACGACAAGGAAGUAGUGCUGAGAGAUGGACGAGCACAUCUGCCUCAGGAUGAUAAAUCCAGCCUGGUUAAGCAACACAGACAGAAAGAGUUGGACAUGAGAAGAAAAACAUUCAGGUGGAAGGAGUGGCAGCCAGGCUUCCCCUUGAGCAUCGAUGCUAACAGACACAAGGAUCUCCCCCGGGAUAUUCAGUUUGACAGCGAGAAGGAAGUGGACUUCGUGCUGAACUAUUCCAAGGCAAUUGAAAACUUAUUUUUGAACCAGUUCAUGCACAUGUUCCAGUCCUCAUGGAAGGAUUUCACUGACUUUGAGUCAAUAUUUGUGAGAAUCAAAACUCAAAGCACAAUCCCAGAAUACCUGAUGCAGCACUGGAAAGAGGACUUCAUGUUUGGAUACCAGUUGCUGAACGGCUGCAACCCUGUUGUGAUCCAGAAGUGCACCAAACUUCCUGACAAGUUCCCUGUCACUCAUGAGAUGGUUUCCGUGUGCCUGGAGAGAGACAUGACCCUGGAUCAGGAGAUAGAGGCAGGCAACAUCUACAUAACAGACUACCCGCUGUUGGAUGGCAUCAGUGCGAACUGCACAGACCCGUGCACUCUGCAGUAUAUGGCUGCUCCCAUCUGUCUGCUGUACAAAAAUGCCCGGAACAAGAUUGUGCCCAUCGCCAUACAGCUGAGCCAGACUCCUGGUGAGGACAGCCCGAUCUUCCUGCCCACUGACGCUCAGUAUGACUGGCUCCUGGCGAAGAUCUGGGUCCGCUUUGCCGACUUCCAGCACCACCAGAACGUCACACACUUGUUCAGGACGCAUCUGAUCACCGAGGUGUUCGCGAUUGCCAUGUACAGGCAGCUUCCUGCUGUUCACCCUGUCUACAAGCUUCUCCUCCCACACGUUCAAUUUACCAUCGCUAUCAACACCAAAGCCAGACAGGAGCUCAUCUGUGAGUGUGGCAUCUUUGACAAGGCGAACGCGACAGGCGGCGGCGGCCACAUCCAGCUGGUCCAGAGGGCCAUGAAGACUCUGACCUUCAGGUCUCUGUGCUUCCCUGACACGAUGAAGGCGCGUGGCGUGGACAGCAAGGAGGAGCUGCCCACCUACUUCUACAGGGACGAUGGCUACAAGGUGUGGAACGCUACCAAGAGCUUUGUGUCUGAUGUGGUGUGCAUUUACUACGCCGGCGAUGAGGCGGUGCAGGGAGACGAGGAGAUCCAGGCCUUCGUUAAAGACGUGUGCAGCUUCGGCAUGCAGGACUUCGAUCACUGCGAGUUUCCUAAAUCAUUAAAGUUGCGUGACGAGCUGAUAGAGUACCUGACUGUUAUCGUGUUCAACGCCUCGGCCCAGCAUGCCGCCGUCAAUUUUGGACAGUAUGACUGGUUUUCCUGGAUCCCCAACGCUCCGUCCACCAUGCGAAAGCCCCCUCCCACACAGAAGGGCUUAGCGGACAUGAACCUGAUCAUAGAGACCCUCCCUGACCGCGGACGCUCCAGCUGGCACCUGGGAGCGGUCUGGGCCCUCAGCCAGUACCAGGAGAACGAGGUGUUCCUGGGCGCGUAUCCUCAUGAGCACUUCAUCGAGAAGCCGGUGAAGGCGGCCAUGGAGAAGUUCAGGAAGCAGCUGGCGGAGAUAACCAGCUCCAUUAAGAAGAGGAACGAGGGAAAGAAGCUGCCGUAUUACCAUAUGUCCCCCGACAAAAUCCCAAACAGCGUUGCUGUUUGAGAGAUAUUGAGAGAUAGAGCCUCCGCGGGGCGACAUCGAGAAAGCCUCUGCUGCAACUUCUGAUGAUGAUGAUGACGCAAAACUGAUCGUCACCUGAGAAAUGAAUACUUCAUCUGGGAACCUUUCUGUUGUUUCCAUUUCUGUUUUCGUUCAGAAGUCAGUACAAGUUACUUCUCUGUCAUUUUUGUUAAAGGUUAGCAGCUGAUCCGCUGUUGUAUAUUUUGACUGGAGUCACUGAACGGCGUUCAAAAGGAAGAGCGUCACGUAACAUGGUUCCAGUUCCAGCUUUCGAACCACACAGUGGGAUUUCUAAGGUUUCUUUUCUAUCUGUAGAUUUAAAUUGUGGCUUCUACUUGUAUUCUACUCAGAAUCCAAACUACACACACGAGGUGGUGUUGGUGGGAUUGAGUCUCACCCUGUGUGUGGAGUUUACAUGUUCUCCCUUUUUUUUCCUUCCUGCAUUGGAAAAGAAUAAUCCAGUACAGUGCAAAUGUGUGUGUGACUGUCUGCCUCUGGGGUUGGUCUGUGAGAGAUCUGUAAAGAUCAGCUCCCUCCACCUCGCCAGAUGGACGGCUGGAGAGUCCCGGUCAGUCUCGUGUUGGAAUAUCACUUUCUAUUUCACUGACCUCUUUCUGACGGAUCAAAAAGCUGCCAAAGCCGUAAAUUUUCUCAAGAUUUUUUCACAAACCGCUGACUAAAAAUAAACCGCAAUGAAUUGAACUCUACAUUGACUCAGUGGCGCCACACAGUGCCCAGAAGAGGUAUUUGGUAAAUCUUGAAUUAAAAACAGUACACACGACACCUAAUACGGAACUCAGUGUGAUAUUGUUUCAUAAUUCAAAUUCAUACAAAGGAUUUUUAAGAGCGUCCCCCUCAUGAAUGGUCUUUACUGACGGUAUAUCUACUGUCUCUAACACACCGAUGGCAGUCACUUCCAGGCCAGGCGGUCACACACACACACACACACACACACACACACACACACACCUGGGCUUCAGUGUAUUGUCUAAGAACACUAUUCUGGAGCAAUAUAUGAGGUGUUGACGUGUUCUAUGCAUUACUUUGUGUUGCGUUUUGUGAUAUAUUCUGUUUGGGGUCAACUAAAAAUGUGGUUUUUAGAAUUGAAAUACAUUUUUUUUUUAUAAUCUAAAUCAUCAACUUUGCCAUUUAUUUGAGCAGGAAUUUAUGAAAGUAAAUGACCAGUGGAGGAAGUCAGCCUAAGACGACGACGCUGUGGAUGAAACCGAUGAAACAAUUUUGGACUCCGGGUGUCGACAACAAACCCUGCUGCAGAAACAUUACUGAUUACUGUAGUUUCGCAGGAAAAACUCACACAGGUAUUAAAAGCAACUUAAUUUUUAUUUGGUUGUUCUUUUCCUUAUCUCUACAUAUUUUGUUCAAACAUGGGAAAUCAACUGAAAACACAUCCAUAUUUUUUUUUUAAAAACAGAAGUACUUUUUUUUUUCUUUUAUACCAAAUUCUUUACAGUUACUAUUUCAAAGUAAUUUCACAGACAAACUUGUGGAAUGAUAUCAUAAGACAGGGGAACAGUCAUUUAUGUUCAAGUCCAGUCAGUAGUAAACAAAUGUACCUUUUAUGCAAGUUACACUCUUCCCAGACAUGAUAGCAAUUCAAACGACAGUGUGAAGACAGAGCAAUCUAAUUUUAAAAUAUUGAGACCGAGAAAAGAGCCUUAUCUCAGUCCAUGUCUCGCUCAAUAGGAUUAUGAGAUGAAAAAAAAUGUCUUCAUGAUGACAGACGCAAAGAAAGCUAGACAAAGAAAAACCGUGCUCAAAAAAGGAAGCAUUCUAAAGCGGCCUCAAUCUUCAUACCUACACCAAAAUGUCCAUCAGACUUCAUGAAAGGAGCCAGCUCCUGCUAGUAGAAAGUAAAAAACAAAAAACAAAAAAAAA